AUGGCUCCCCUGGGCCCCAGUCUCUGGCUCCCUCUGUUGACCCCAGCCCCUGCCCAGGGCCCCACUGGGCAACUGCUGUUAUUGCUGCUGCUCCUGGUCCCCACCCAUCCCCAGAGCCUCCCAGAGAUGCAGGGGGCUCCUGCAGUGGGAGGAGAUUCAUCUGGGGAAGAUGAUCCACUGGGCGAGGAGCAUUCGCUGGGUGAAGAGGAUCUGUCCAGUGAAGAAGAUCCACUUGGAGAGAAGGAUCCACCAAAACUAGGGGAAGACGACUCUCCAAGGUUAGAGGAUCUACCCGCUGUUGAGGCUCCCAGGGAUAGUGAAGGCCAAAAAAAUAAUGCCCAUGGGGAAAAAAAAGGGAAUGGCCACAGUCACUGGCGCUACGGAGGCGGCCCGCCCUGGCCCCAGGUGUCCCCAGCCUGCGCUGGCCGCUUCCAGUCCCCCGUAGAUAUCCGCCCGGAGCUCACCGCCUUUUCCCCUGCCCUGCGACCCCUGGAACUCCUGGGCUUUGAGCUUCCGCCGCUUCCAGAACUGAGCCUGCGCAACAACGGCCACAGCGUGCAGCUGACUCUGCUUCCCGGGCUGGAGACGGCCCUGGCUCCCGGGCGGGAGUACCGGGCGCUGCAGUUGCAUCUGCACUGGGGGGCUGCUGGUCGCCCGGGCUCGGAGCACACGGUCGGCGGCCACCGUUUCCCCGCGGAGAUCCACGUGGUUCUCCUCAGCACCGCAUUUGCUAGAUUUGAAGAGGCCUUGGGGCGCCCGGGAGGCUUGGCUGUGUUGGCCGCCUUUCUGCAGGAGGGCCCAGAAGAAAACAGUGCCUAUGAGCAGUUGCUGUCACAUAUGGAAGAAAUCGCCAAGGAAGGCUCGGAGACUCGGGUUCCAGGCCUGGAUGCGUCUGCACUGCUGCCCUCCGACCUCAGCCGCUACUUCCAAUAUGAGGGGUCUCUGACCACACCCCCCUGUGCCCAAGGGGUCACCUGGACUGUGUUCAACCAGACAGUGAGGCUGAGUGCUAAGCAGCUCCGCACCCUCUCUGGCACCCUGUGGGGGCCUGAUGACUCUCGGCUGCAGCUGAACUUCCGGGCAACACAGCCUUUGAACGGGCGAAUAAUUGAGGCCUCCUUCCAUGCUGGAGUGGACAGCAGCCCUGCAACGGCUGAGCCAGUCCACCUGAACUCCUGCCUUGGUGCUGGUGACAUCCUGGCCUUGGUUUUCGGCAUCCUCUUUGCAGUCACCAGCAUUGCCUUUUUGGUGCAAAUGAGAAGGCAGCAAAGAAGUGGAACCAAAGGGAGCGCGAGCUACCACCCAGCAGAGGUCACGGAGAUGAGAGCCUAGAGGCCUGCAACUUGGAGAAUGCAGAGUGAAGCCGCUAGGGAAAUCUGAGGGGGAGUCGGAAACUUUGUCCUGUCCUGCCCCUAUUACACCACUUCCUUUUAACA